AAAAGCAAAAAAUACUUUUUUUUUCUACUACCCUUCAGGUUCUUGGUUUAAAUAUUUUACCCAUUUGAAGAUUUUGCUAUUGGGCUGUGGUAUUUCACUUGCAAGUUGCAACCUUUUCUGCCAUUUAUCGCUUUGUUUGAUAUGAAUUGUUACUGCAAUGAUGACUUUGAGGAGGAGGUUCUGUCUUAUGAGUUGUAUAUUUCUUCGGCAUGUUUUAUGAUGGCAAUGCUGGUCUUUUGCAAGGGUGGAGGUUUUGACGGGGCAUGUUCAAAAUCUAAUUUUAUGCGAGUUUGAGUCUUCCAUUAAAUGCUUUGUAUCCGAUUCUGGAGACUUUGAGAAAGCACACCUCAGUUGUUUACCAGAUAUUGGAGAGAUUCAAGUCAAUGGAUUAAUGGUGAAGCGAAAAUCGUUCUUCUACUACCUCCCUGAUUCCUUUCCUAUAAAGUUUGCUUUCCCUGCGAUGCUAGGAACAUGGUUUCUUCAUGUGGAAGUUAAGCACUUAAAAGGCUUGUGUACUCCUUGUUCACCCUGUGAUGAAGAUGUUCUACCAAAACAUAAGGACUUAAUGAUCUGCAAAGGUGACAAGACAAGAUGUAACAGUGAGGAAAAGAAAAUGAAAGGGUUCCAACCUGGUGCAUGUUUGGUGGAAGAACAUGAAAUCACUAAUCUUGUUUCAAAGAAGCAGGAGGGAAAUGAAAUUUCUCAUGAAAAUCAAGAUCAAAAUGCAGCCAGUGGAAUGUCAGAAAGACAUCCCUGCAUAUUUGGAGACAAACCUACUGGUAUGGCUAAGAGUUCAAAUGUAAUGCCAGAGAAUAAAUUUGAAAAUCUGGUUGAGUUGCAUCCUAAGUCGAUGCAAAGCAGCCACAGUAAGAUGUCAACACAAUUGAUAUCAGUCACAGGUAUAAUCAAUAAAUAUUUUACAAGUUUCAAUGGCAUUGACAAUUUUAGCAGCUCUUCAAACUCAGAUCUUACCUCUAGAGCUGUGCAUAGUGAGAUUGAAGUUAAUUCAAACGCCAGAGAACGUGGUUGCUUGAAGAUACAAAGAGAUUCCCUGCCUCAUUUCACUCCCAAAACAUCUCCACAUGUCUUGCAUACUCCAUUGGUUUCCAAAAAAUCAAGAAGCAAAAACAGAAAAUUGAAACCUGUUAAACGUCCUUUAUCAAGGAGCAAAAGUAGAAAAUCAAGAAUCGGAACUCGUCUUCUUUCAGCUUCACGGAAUCUUGGGGUUUCUAUCACCAAGCAUGAUCCUACAAUUCCUUUCCGAAUAUUGAAAGAUAGCAAACUACUGCAGGGAAAAUCUCAAAUGAAGGGUUCCAUAUUUUCUAUCUCUGGUAGUGAUGAUGAUUGAGUUGUAGACCUUCACAUAUCUUUAAAUAUAUAGAAUGGUUCUGAAUAUCAUACUUCUGAUUUAGCAGUAUGAUGAGUGAAAUUAUAGGCAAAACGUUGUAAGUGAAACUUGUUGAUAGCAAAAAGAGCAAACAGAUGUUGUAACUAGCAGUUUUGAUACUAUACAGAAUUCUGAAAUAGCUUAGAUGAAUUCA